CCAGGAAAUUGUCGUGUUGUGCCGCUGUCUAUUUCGCACAUUCGUGCACAGCCCGAUUAGGGUGGCUAGGUUGAUUAUAUGUGUGUAUCACAUUUUUACUAUCGUUAUAUCUUAUGUCUUCUAAUUUCUACUCCGGCUACUUAUCCGAAACCAAAUAUCUAGCUUGGGAGAGAGGAUUUGCAGUCUCGCCAAAACAAUGAGUGAGUCCAGUAUCUGCCAGGCGCGGGCCACGGUCAUGCUGUAUGAUGAUGGUAACAAGCGCUGGGUGCCGGCGGGCGAGGGGGGCCAGGCCUUCAGCAGGGUCCAGAUCUACCACAACCCCGUAGCCAACACAUUCCGAGUAGUGGGACGCAAGAUGCAGGCUGACCAGCAGGUGGUGAUCAACUGUCCAAUCGACAAGAGGCUGAAGUACAACCAGGCUACACCCAAUUUCCACCAGUGGCGGGACGCCCGGCAGGUGUGGGGGCUGAACUUCGGCAGCAAGGAGGACGCCGCCCUCUUCGCCAACGGCAUGAUGCACGCCCUGGAGGUGCUGAGUGCACUCGCUGACUCGGGCUACUCCUCUCUCCCCCGCCCUGUGCAAAAUGGACCCUCCCCAGAGGAGCUGGAGCAACAGAGGAGACUGGAGCUGCAGAGGCAGGAGCAGCAGGAGCGAGAGCGGCUGGAGAGAGAGAGACAGGCCGCACCCAUCCCCCCUGCAGCCCCGCCUGCCCCUCCCUCUGGCCCUGGUUGCCCCCCGCCUCCCCCAGGCCCGCCUCCACCCCCAGGCCCCCCACCUGCUGGCCCCCCACCCCCACCUGGCCCCCCACCACCCCCUGGGUCCGGGGCCCCACCUGCCCCACCUCUGUCUGGGGGAGGGGGAGGAGGAAGAGGGGACGAUGGAGGGGGUCUCGGUGGGCCCGAGGGACUAGCUGCAGCCCUAGCAGGAGCCAAACUACGCAAAUCGGCCAAGGAGGAUGGUGGUGCGGCAGCAUCUCCUCCAUCAGGAGGAGGUGGUGGUGGGGGAGGAAAUCUGAUGGGGGAGAUGAGUGCCAUCCUGGCCCGACGGAAGAAAAUGUCAGAUAAUCCAGGCGCAAAGAAGGAUGUGCCCAGCAAUGAAGACUCCUCAAAGUCCUCAGGCCAAGGUGACACCCUCAGGAGACCGUGGGAGAAAUCAGCCACCAUGCCAAGGACUAACUCAACCACCAAGACCCAGCUGCAGGAGAGCAGCCCCACCUCCACCACCCCUGCCCUUCCUCCUGCCCCCCCUUCUCCAUCCUCUGACCCAUUGCCCAGGAUGAAGGCAGUGAACAGCACCACGGCCAGCACAGGCAGUGAAGACACAGAGAUGGAGAGAAUCAAACAGGACAUCCUUGAGGAAGUGAGAAAAGAGCUCCAUAAAGUGAAGGAUGAAAUUAUCGGGGCAUUUAUCCAGGAGAUGCAGAGGAGAGGCCCAGUAUAGUCUCUCAACAUACAGCCACUGGCACCUGGACAGAAGAUGGUGAGGGGGGGGAAGGAAGGGAGAGAUGGCCAUAUGGAGGCGUGGAUGGCUCAUACAUUUCCUGCACUGUUCAGGCUGUUCUCCCUCAAUGUUCUACUCACCACAUACCUAUACGUUUAGGACUGUACCAAUCGGCACUCUUCCGAACUUCUGUUAUUCGCCAUUCUUUUUCUCGUUUGUUUUUAUCAUGGUUUCAAGAGCUCUGCUGUACCUCUCUUGCUCCGCCAUCACUGCCUACCUUACUCUACUCUACUCCCUCCCCACCUCCCAAGUCAACUCCCAUAUCUUACCGGUGUCCAUUUCUGGACAUAUCUGGCCUUACUCUUCACUAGAGCAAACAAUUCAGGGAAUAUCAUCGACCACACCAUCGAAACGCAGUACAUUUCCAACAGUUGCACAUUUAAAAGUCAACCUAACUGUGGUCGCUGCAGCAGAAGUUUAUUUUUUUGUAUAUUUUUGUAACGAGCUGCAGUAGUUGACCACAGGGGAGCGCUGUGAAUCAGGAGAAUCGCACCUAAGGCCUUUCUCUGUAGUUUCUGUACUACCCAUGAGCAGUCGGGGAACUACAAAUCCUAGCUCGCACCAAUAAGGGAGAUCUCCUGGUUAAAUGUCUGUCCGUCUACACCUAAUAAAAGUACGGUGAAGUUGCCCCUAGAUGCUGAUCUUGGGUCAGUUUUGCAUUUUCCCCACUAAUGGUUAAGGUUAGGAUUAGAGAAGAGGAACCUGAUCCUAGAUCACUACCUAGGGGAAACUUCACCCCGGAGCCACUUUAUACUGUAUUAGUAAACGGGUUGUCCUCUGAGCUCUUGCUACACCUCACAUCAACAGUUUUUUUCACCUCAGGGAUUAGCGGAAGCAUAUCAGUUAGUGCCAGAAAGGACUGUCUGCACCAGGUCCUAUUCCAGUUACAAUGCCCACUUCUCCUUAGCAUGUAGCGCAGACAACCCCAGCAGAAGAGGAGGGGAGCAGGUUGGGGACUGUACCUGGUAGGAUUCUGCUGCAGUGCAGGUAACUGCUACGUAUCUCUGUGCAGUCCAGGGACUCGUACUUGACUGUGUAUGAUCUUCUAAAGAUACAGUGCCUUCAGAAAGUAUUCACACCCCUUGACUUCUUCCACUUUUUGUUGUGUUACAGCCUGAAUU